AUGUCCACGCCUGGUCUGAGCUUCAAGCUCGAGAUUGCCCUGCAUACGAUCCUCUGUAUCCGUCAAGUCUAUCCUCCGAACACAUUCACUAGAAGACGAGCCCAUGGCGUGCCAGUGUAUCAAUCGCGUCAUCCUCAAGUAUGCUCGUACAUCUCCGAAGUCGUUGCCGCCAUCGGCAAGGAAAUGGAAGUGGGUAGAGUGAGACGCGUGACGGUUGUCGUGAAGCAAGUCUCGACAGGACUGCCGAUGGAGAGAUUCAUCAUCGAUUUGGGAUAUUUAGGACUGGAUAAGAUCAAAGAGAGGCACCAGAGGGAAGCUCCGCUCCUUGGUGCACCAUUAGCUGAAGAUCUGAGUCUUAUGCUUCGUGGCUUUCUCAUUCGGCUCGUAGCGCUAGAUAGCCAACUGGAGGAUAAUCGAGGCGAAACCACUUUCGGUAUCAUACUGGAGACAGAUGACGAUCUCGAGCCAUCAGGUAACAAGACUGCAGAUGGCUCUGCGGCGCCAUGGGUCCCGGCUCUGGCGAGUGAUACAUUGCAGCCUGCUUCACGCUCAGUGGCACCAGUACAUCAUGAGCCUCUGCUCAAUGUCAAGGCGGUCGAGACCGGAGUGAUUGACAUUCGAUUGAUGGUCCAGGAAUGCAUCGCUAAGACUGGUUUGGAUGAGCUGAGAGUAGAUCAGGGUUGA